CAACAGCGCACACACUCAAAUUGGGUCGGCAAACAACGAAAUCCCAUCACCUCUUCUGCAGCUUUACGUAUUCGUUUGUCUCUGAGAACGCGCAUACAGCUACUCACUGGGUGCUAGGGAGUCGAUGGAUUUCCAAGUUGUUGUAUUAGCAGGCGGGUUUUCGAAAACCCUGGUCCCUCUCGUUUCCAAGGAGGUGCCGAAAGCGCUUCUGCCAGUUGCCAACCGGCCGGUUCUGUCUUAUGUUCUUGAGCUUCUUGAGCAAAACGACCUAAAAAAUGCCAUUGUCGUUGUUGAAGGGGAGAGCGCGGCUCUUUUGAUCAGUUCUUGGAUUUCGAGCACGUUCGUUGAUCGAUUAAAUGUUGAGGUAACUGCAGUUCCAGAGGACGUUGGUACAGCUGGUGCUGUUAGAGCUAUUGAUCACCGCCUAACAGCGAAAGACAUCUUGGUUGUAAGUGGUGAUCUGGUAAGUGAAAUUCCUCCUGGGGCAGUUGCUGCUGCACAUAGACGGCAUGAUGCUGUAGUUACUGCAAUGCUUUGCUGUGUUCCUGUCAGUGGACCUUCAGAUUCAGGCUCAUCUGGUGCUAAGGACAAAGCUAAGAAAGCAGGACGCUAUAACAUUGUAGGCCUUGAUCCAACCAAACAAUUUCUAUUGCAUAUAGCAGCUGGAGCUGAAGUCGAAAAAGAUAUUCGAGUUCAGAAGAGCAUUCUUCGAGCUGUUGGACAGAUGGAAAUUCGUGCCGAUCUAAUGGAUGCUCAUAUGUAUGCAUUUAAGAGAUCUGUUCUGCAAGAUAUCCUGAAUCAGAAAGAAACUUUCCAGAGUUUGAGGCGUGAAGUAUUGCCUUAUCUUGUCAGAACUCAGCUGAGAUCUGAAUUAUUGUUAAAUGGAGCGCAAUCAGAAGAAAAUGGGAAUGGUAAGGAUGCCCUCCAGAACAGUAAAAUUUUGCUAUCUCAACUUCUGGCUAAUGCAUCUACACCAAGUUUUCAUGAAAUCUAUGCACUGGGUCCUGCUGGUUCUGCUCCUAUUUUAAGGAAGACUCAUAAAUGUUGUGUUUAUAUUGCUAAUAAGAGCAAGUAUUGUGCGCGAUUAAAUUCCAUUCAAGCAUUCAGUGACAUAAAUCGAGAUGUAAUAGGAGAUGCAAAUCACCUAUCCGGUUAUACAUUUUCUGCACAGAACAACAUAAUUCACCCCUCGGCUGUAGUUGGAUCGAAGACCACUGUGGGACCACAGUGCAUGCUAGGAGAAGGUUCGCAAAUGGGUGACAAAUGCAGUGUGAAGAAGUCUGUCAUUGGCCGUCAUUGUCGAAUAGGUUCAAAUGUGAAGAUUGCCAAUUCUGUUGUUAUGAACCAUGUUACUAUUGGCGAUGGUUGCUCGAUCCAAGGUUCUAUUAUUUGCAGCAAUGUACAGCUCCAAGAGCGUGCUGUGUUGAAGGACUGUCAGGUGGGGGCAGGUUUUGUAGUGACUGCAGGCAGUGAGCACAAGGGGGAAUCCUUGGCGAAGAAAGAAAAACAAUAAUGAGUUAGUUUCCUUGCAUUUCAUCUUAAAAGUUCUUGGAGCAUUGAACUGCUCAUGUAUGCUGUACUGCCUCUCAUUCCUUGUUCGAGCAGAGAGGAGAAGCCAGUUAGCACCAAUUUUGUUUGGCAUUCUGCCUAGGUGUUGUGGCCAUGUGCUGACUUACAUGUACAAUCGUUAGCUUGAUAAGUUUUGACUCUUUGUUGGGGAAUUAAAAUGUUGUGACAUUCAUUUUACUAUGUGCACAUAGGUCGUUGGAUUUGACUGUAUAUUUUAGUUGAAGCUUUGAAAUUUGAAAUCAAUAACAUUUAAUUAUUUCAAAAUA